CGCCCUAUUUCCAAACAAUUCGCUCUUUGGGACGGAAGGCCAGGCUGGCCCCGGCACUUCCUUCGCGGUGACCUCAGCCUCGGUGCGAACAGCAGACUGCACCCCACCGCGGUGCCAGGAACCCCUCGCGCGGCGCCUGGGAAACAAACCCUCGACGUCAGAAGACCGAGUGGCCACCUACGACUUUCCCCCUCGCGGACCUACGCACCCGCCCCGCCGGUCAAGUUCAAGGAGGCGUUUACAACCCAGCGUUUAGAGGAGGAGCCCAAGGUCUCCCGGACCCGCCCCCACCAGUUUCCGCUCCGCGCCCCCAGCUUCCGGCCUCUGCGACUACAGCGGCAUUUAAAGAUUUGGCCGGAAGUUCCGGGAGGCCCUUUAAACCCGGCGCGUGGACUGGGCCGGGCUCGGUCCGCUCUCGCCCCUAUUUCCAAAUCCCGCGCGGUGUCGCGAGACUCGCUUAGAGGGAACUUCCGGCUUUGGUCCCGCCGGGGCCGAGUGGGCUGAGCGAUGCGGUCCCGCCUUCUGUGGGGUGCUGUGCGGGGUCUCUGGGCGCGCCCGGCCGUGGCCCCGGCCCGCCGGCACCGGAGCUGCGGGAGCCUGCCGGUGGAGGAGCUGUUCGCCCGCGGCGGGCCCUUGCGCACCUUCCUGGAGCGCCAGGCAGAGUCUCCAUCCCAGGGGCAGGCCAGGGGGCCGGAGCUGGUGGCCGCUGCCCAACGGCUGAGCGAGAAGGAGCGGGAGCUGCGGGAGACCGAGCCCUUGCUGCACGAUGAAAAUGAAGACCUAAGGAAACUUGCAGAGAAUGAAAUAGCUUCCUGUCAAAAAGAAAUAGCUCAAUUGAAGCAAAAGAUUAUCUUACUUUUGGUUCCCUCAGAAGAAACAGAUGAAAAUGAUUUGAUCCUGGAGGUAACUGCAGGAGUUGGGGGUCAGGAGGCAAUGUUGUUUACUUCAGAGAUGUUUGAUAUGUAUCAGCAAUAUGCUGCUUUUAAAAGAUGGCAUUUUGAAACCCUGGAAUAUUUUCCAAGUGAAAUAGGUGGGCUUAGACAUGCAUCUGCCAGCAUUGGGGGUCCAGAAGCCUAUAAGCACAUGAAGUUUGAAGGAGGUGUGCACAGAGUACAGAGAGUGCCAAAGACAGAGAAGCAAGGCCGCAUUCACACUAGCACCAUGACUGUGGCAAUAUUACCCCUACCCACUGAGAUUAAUCUAGUGAUUAAUCCUAAAGACUUGAGAAUUGACACUAAGCGAGCCAGUGGAGCUGGGGGGCAGCAUGUAAAUACCACGGACAGUGCUGUCCGGAUAGUUCAUCUUCCAACAGGUGUUGUUUCCGAAUGCCAACAAGAGAGAUCUCAACUGAAAAAUAAAGAGAUGGCUAUGAAAAAGUUACGUGCAAAACUAUACAGCAUGCAGCUUGAAGAAGAAACAAGUAAAAGAUACAAUGCUAGAAAGAUUCAGAUUGGAACUAAAGGAAGGUCCGAGAAAAUAAGGACAUAUAAUUUCCCACAGAAUCGUGUCACAGAUCACAGAAUAAACACUUCACUUCAUGAUCUUGAAACGUUUAUGCAAGGAGAGUACCUACUGGAUGAACUUGUACAGUCAUUGAAAGACUAUGCGGAUUAUGAAUCGUUAGUAGAAGUUAUUUCCAAAAAACUUUAAAUUGAUUUGUUAUUGAAGACUUUUACAACUAAUGAAAAAUUCUACUACAGCAAAUCAGAUUGUGUGUAAAUAAUCACCGAUAUUGUCUUGAAAAACAUGAGUUAACACAGUUAGAAGCAAUAUCCAUAUUUUUAGGACGGUUUAUAUAAAUAAAUCUCUCAAUGUAUAAGUAAAAAUAUACAUACAGUAUAAUCAUUGCUCUGGUUAUGUAUUUUGGACUCCUUAAAAAGAAAUAGACAAAGGAAAGUCAUUGUUUUAUGUAAAAUAUUUAAUGACUGAUCAAAAAUUGGUUUAUUAUAAAACACUUCAAGCAUAUAGUGGAAAUAAAACAGUAAAUACUGUAUUAAGGUCUAGUCAGGAAACAGAAACCAUACCAUUAAAUUUUUUUUGAGUGCUUUUACUGAUUUU